UGCGCAGCUCUCUGGCCGACGGUGACCUGGUGGAUAGCGCAGCGUCCUCGGUCAGUCGCCGAUCGCAUCUCGCCGACUGCGAGUCUCUCCCCGCGGCUGGCCGUUCCUCUUCACAGCACCAUCAGGAUGUCGAGUCGAGCCCAGCUGUGCGACGUCUGCCUGCUGCUGGUGGUCGCCGCCGUUCUGGUGCAGUGUUCCAGCGCCUUCAGUGGCCUCACCGGUAUCCGACGGAGCCCCGACUACUUCAACGACUAUUACAGACGCAUCGUCAAAAAACGGUUCGAUGAGGACCGGCCCUAUUAUAGAUGGACUCCACAGAUGUUCCAGAGAUACGCGGGCACCUUCAAACGGUCGAUCCCCGACUCGGAAUCGCUGGAACUGUGCGUACCUCCGACCGAGUCGUGUGACCCCGAUCUGCGGAGCACCGCCUGCUGCGGCGAACUGCAGUGUCUGCCCGACACCGAGGGAUUCAGCUGCCAGUCGCCCACCGCUCAAUCGGAGGCAGAUAUCCGUGUUUCGGGCGACUCGGAGUCUGAGGAGUCAGAGUCGGACGACUCGCCAGCCGGCGCCGAUCUGAGUCGACCUUCCUGGCUCGGCCGGGCGCCGAUACCGUUUGCGGCACGCGAUUGGUAGUAAGGUGGAACUGAAUACCUACCAAGCCCGACAAGAGGCGAGCUCUGAACAGUGAGCAGCAGUCAGCACUUCAGCCCGUCGUCGGACAAGAUACCUCGCGACUCAUUUUGAGCCUCAGACCCGAUGGAGCCGCUCUGUAAGAUUGUUUGAGAACGCAGAGGAAAUAGGAUGGAGAUUUGGUGUACAUGAAGGCACUUGUCAUGAACGUGACAGCGAGAGGUGUAUGUAAUGUAAUAAGUUAUACGUGAGUUAUGUUUUGCCGAUGUGCUGUUUGGAGCUCGAAUGUUCAUCACCAGCUUCCCUAGUCUUAAUAUAAUCGAAGAUCUGUUUGGGAGCGGGAGCUCGUUACUGCUGAUUGAAGACCAUUGCAACCGGUGUGAAUAAUGAAUAAUGAACUUGCUAUUAUUUUACAAUAAUAACGCGAGAUAACGUGAGAAUGCGUUAAAUGUUGUCACUGAUCACUUAGUCGAGACUGAAUGCACAAUUGCACACGGGUCAGUUCUGAGAUGACCAUACGGAACCAUUUCAUGCACAGCUUUUUUGUGUUCUAGACUGCAGCAGACAAGACAUUAUAAUACCUACAUCUUAUGCAUUGCACUUGGUUCACAAAAAGAUGCGCACUGGACAUGGACUUUGUUUAGCUCCAAUGCUGUCUAGGUAUAGGAAUGCUAUGGAUCUGCAAUGCGACACUGUGUAUUUCUUACACCAUGACCCCUGUGUGUCUAUGGUUGUGUGUUUACGAUUAUAUGUACUGAACAAAUAUAUGUGUAAAUGUGCAAUU